GUCUGACCUGUUUGGACCGGUACCGGUACCGGUCUUCAAAAAUCCAGACCGGUUCCAUCUCUGAGUUAAACACCUGUCACAUCUACAGGCACCUUAUUUUCAAAACAAACUAAUCAACUAAUUACUUGUCUCUGUUAGAUUUCCAGUCCACCAUCACCUCCAUUAUCUCCUCAUCUACAAAAAUAUAUAACAAUGGUUCAACAACAAAUAACAACAGCAAAAAACAAUCUUCAUCAAAUACCAACUAUAUCAAAGUAA